UGUCAUAACGCAGUCGGACUGGUUGUGCUCCUGUUGGAACCUGUGUUGUCUGAUGGAGGCUGAACUCGUCUGACAGAAACCUGCUCUGUAACACAGUCGUUCGUGAUCGUAAUGUCAUGAUCGUGACCUCGUGCCCCCCAGCACGUGUCACACGAGGGUAUUCCAAGUCGUUCUCCUCUGCUGUUCGUCUGUCAUCCAUGUUUCCCCCGGAGUCCCAGCGGCCAUGAAGCUCCGACUGCACUUCGUGGUGGACCCCACGGGGUGGCUGUGCAUCGGGCUUGUCUUUGGGAUCUGGCUCUACAACACGUUCUUCAUCCCUACGCUGGUCCUGCUUCCACACUACAACCAAGGACACAUCCCCUGGGCCGCGGUUGUGUGUUAUUACGUAGCGUCAGCGCUCUGCAUGGCGGCCCUCUUCAGAGCUUCCACAGCAGAUCCCGGGCGCCUUCCCGUGGACCCCCACAUACCUCACUCUGAGCGGGAGCACUGGGAGCUGUGCAACAAGUGCAACUUAAUGAGACCUAAAAGGUCCCACCACUGCAGUCGCUGUGGUCACUGUGUGCGCAGGAUGGACCACCACUGUCCCUGGAUCAACAACUGUGUGGGAGAAGACAACCACUGGCUCUUCCUGCAGCUCUGUUUCUACGCUCAGGUGCUCAGUUUGUACACCCUGGUGUUGGACUUCUGCCAGUACUACUACUUCCAGCCACUGACGGGACUCGACCAGGAGAAGUUUACAACACGCCACGAACUGGCUCUGCUGCGAGUCUCGACGCUCAUGGGUCUGGUCAUGUUUGGUGGCAUGACGAGCUUGUUUUACACCCAGAUGACGGGCAUCCUGUCUGAUACUACCACCAUUGAGAAAAUGGCUCAGUUCUCAAAUGAAAUAUACGGCUCCAAGAGAUCCUGGCAGUGGGCCCUCGCUGAAGUCUGCGGCACUCGCUGGAAACUCCUGUGGCUCAUCCCGCUGCGAGCCAGGCAGGCGCUCCAAGCCGGCCACCACUUCCGCACCCACGUGUAGGUGGACGGCCCCGCACUACCUCCCGCCUGCACAGAUGACACACUGUAUGCACACUUUUAAGAAUCCAUCCGCUCGCCUUCACUGCCCUCUCCUGUGCUCCGGGAGCUCGGUUCGUCAGUGGAUACUUGACGCUUUUAUUUACGUGUGUUGUUGUUGCUGGGUUUUUUUUUGCCCUUUCUCUACGAGACCCAGACCGGAGGUAAACAGGGUCAAGAAACACUUUUGGGAGCGAUGGGGAAAUGUUUCGCUGUUUUUUUUACUCACUGUGACGGCUACUUUCAGCAUUUGGAAACCACUUUAGAGGGAUGGAAGUCUUCAUGUGAAAGCAGCUGGCAAAAGGGAGCCCUCUCAGGUUGCUUUAGUAAAAAAGAGCCUUUACUACUGACCUUUAAUCAGCCACAGACAGAACAAGGGUGACUUCAGUGUGUCUGUUGGAAAGGCAAAGUGUUUUGUAAAAAGUUUGUGCCUUGUUUCUUUUAGCUAUGUCUUUUUUAUUUGUUACACACUUUUUUUUUUUUUUUAACGUUUGCUGGUUGGUGGUCUUCCAGUUUCGAACUUUUCGCGUGAACAGCGACGGGACCCGGCGUCAGACGCGUUCCCCCGCUAACGGGCUACUGGUGAUCAUUCAUGAAUGUUUCGCCUGCAUUGUUCUUUGAUUGUUUUACCUCUGAAGUGAUGUUUUAUGAAGUGAUGUUUUAUGAAGUGAUGUUUUAUGAAGCGCGGCCACCGGACAAAGUUGAUAACGUGGGACCAGCCGGCUAUGAAGAUGUGUAAUGAACAGGGAGAAAGUUAACCCUUUCACGUGCCGCAGGAAAAGAACCCAGAUUGACAGAUGCAGUUUAUUUUGAUGUCAUAAUCCAACCUGGUGUCUAAUCGGAAGUCGACGUUUUGGGGAAGUUACAAGAAAAGUUCUCUGUCUUUGCACCAGUUGAAUGAAUUAGAUAUAACAUUGUAAUUUUAGUGAGCUUUAGAGGUGUAGACAAGCAGAUUCUGUUCUGGACAGAACCUGGCCCUCCGUUUCCCUAUAUUCCUGCUCUUAAGGCAUCAUUGGUUUAUUCUUCUCAUUCUAGUGCUGCGGCUGUCAUAGAUGCGUCCUUCAACGUGUCUGAACCCAGACACGAGCGGAUCAGUGUGCUAGUUCUGAAAUUGUCUUUGAUUUUGCUGUAACUCUGGUACUGAUUAGAUAUUUAAAUGAAUUCUUCAACAUGUUUCAUUGCAUAACAGUAAUAAUAAUAAUAAUAACUAGCAUAGCGUGGUUGUCAGGGUCUAUAAUACUUGGCAAUCUGUCAGCUUGACGUGUAGACAAAGCUUUCCAUGUAUUGGAAACAUUACGAUAUCCAAGUAGUAUAAUAUAAGUGCCUGUCUAGGUCUCCUUGUUACGCUCACCGUACAUCAUCAUCAUCAUCAUCAUGUUAGUCUUCAUACAAGCCAAAGACCUGGGGAAAUGUUGCAAUAGUCGGCAAGCAUUGAGUAAAUGCAUGUUUCACCAAAAUUAUGAAGAUAGUGGUUCGAUAUAAUAUGCACUGAUUUUCACACGCGCACGCCGUCUGUUCUCCCGCGUCGGUCUCGGAACAGAAGUCCUCACUUGAACUUAACUUAUUUGACGUGUAUGCUUCGUUUUACUCGUACCUCUUAAUCAAACCUGUCACAUUUGCAUGAGUGUGUGUUGAUAACUUUGCUCAGUGGUUUUUAUAACUCAGAUUCAGGUUUUUUGGAUGUUUUUUUUGAUUGAUUUUUUCUGGGGGUUGUGGGGAUAAAGGGUGUGAUUGGCAGUAAAAAAAGGGGAUACUACUGACGAAUCACAUCCGCAAUUUAUUUUAUACAAGCAAUAAGCAUUGUGUGUUUGUAAAGCCAUCUUUACUGUUAUAAACAGUGGUGAAAAUCCGAUAUGUAUUGUGAAGUAUAGGAGCUGGUGGAAGGUUUUCACCCGCCACUCACUAACCGGGUGAUAACCGGAUUUGAUUGUUUAUCAAUGCAUCGGUAACCUCAGCCAAGAAGACUACUGUAGCUGCUGUGUGUAAAGCAUAUCUGCCAUUCGCAACAUGUCAGCCACAAGACCUUGCGAUUUUAGUAUCAGCUAAUCAGAGAGGCUCAAAUUCAUUUGGUGAGUCAAUGGAGAUGUGAACACAUCGGAGAGGCCGUGCUCACUCAUUUGCCUCAGCCGUUAUCUGGCGUCCCCCAGAGCCCUCUGAUCAGACCCCUUCUCUUUUGUUCACAUCGUUUAUUGUGUUAUCAAGUGCUCUCUCUCUCUCUCUAUAUAUAUAUAUAUAUAUAUAUAUAUACACACAUAUUAUAAUUUUUUUUAUAAUUUUUUUAUACAAUCGUCAUUCACUAGAACAGAUAUGUUUUGUGAACUGGUUUUUUUUAUGUAUAGAAAGCCUGUAAAAUUAAUUCACAGUUAAUUACAUAAGAAGAGUGUGUAAAAUGUGAUUAUAGAAAAUAUCAGAUUCCAAUAAAUUAGAUUAUAAAUAGGUCUGAGCCUAUUCUUUCUAUCUGGCAACUUCAAUUUUGGCUGCAGCUAAAGCUUAAUUUUCCCAUUUUAUGGAAAUGAUGAGGGUAAUAAGUGUUAGCAUGUUAUGUACAUACUGGCUGGUUUGGCCUAUCGGGAGACUUCACGUACCGGAGACACUGUAAUGAAAUGUCCUGCUCUUUACUGCGACGAUAAGUCAAAAAUGUCUGUUGUGAAAAAGUUUCUUUGAGCUGUUUAAUAUUCGCUGUUAACUAUACACAUGUAACAAGUCCACACUUUUGUUUUUUCUUCUCCAUGGGCGAGAUGAUACUGAACAAAAGACACAAAACAUGUAAUUCUAAGUGAAUACACUGCAUGAAUACUUCACUUGCUGUUAGUUUGUGUCACAUCAGAAGAGCCCGAGCAGCAGUUGAGCUGUCUCACACCGAAGGGCCAUUGUCCUAAAAGUCUGUGAGGCGUGUGUAAUGUGUUCAUGCUCCGUGAACAUAAUCUAUGAGUGUUGUCUAAAAUGGUUUGAUUUCAUUAACAUACUCUGAACACACACACACACACACACACACACACACACACACACACACACACACACACACACACACACACACACACACACACACACACACACACACACA